AUGUCCCCGUCAACAUUACUCUCUCUCGGUUCCGCGAUUCUAGCCGUGUUCCUCUUCUGGACACUAUCGUCAACCACGUCUUCACCAUUCGGCGGUGCAUUCCCUCGUCUAUACAACAAGCGGAUAUGCCUCCUGAUCGCCCACCCGGACGAUGAGGCCAUGUUCUUCGCGCCCACGGUGUUGGCCCUGACCAGACCGGAAUACGGCAACCACCUCAAGAUCCUCUGUCUCAGCAGUGGUAAGCACCCACAUAGACCAUCGAACAAACACCCCCAACAUACACCCACUAACACUCACCCGCGACAUGAAACAGGAGACGCCGACGGUCUCGGCCACAUCCGCAAAAAGGAGCUCGUGAAAAGCGCUCUGCAACUAGGCCUACGCCAAGAAUCCGACGUAUACAUCAUCGACGACCCCUCCCGCUUCCGCGACAGCAUGACCGUCCAAUGGACCGAGUCCGACGUAUCAGCUGUUCUCGAACACGCCUUUGCCCCCGAACUCAGCGACAGCACCUCUUCUUCCAAGAAGAAAUCGAACAAAGCCGACUCGGCACCUACGGCCACCAUCGACGUGCUCUUGACCUUCGACAAAGGAGGUAUCAGCAACCACCCUAACCACCGGUCUCUGUACCACGGUGCUGUUCAUUUCCUGCGGUCCUUGAUGAAGGAUAAAUCGGGGUAUACCUGUCCGGUUACUCUGUAUACACUUACCACGACGAAUCUGCUGCGCAAGUACGCGGGUGUUCUGGAUGCGCCAUUUACGAUGGUUCGGGGCGCGCUGCAUUCCAUUCUGGGCCGUGGUGGUAGUGGCUCCAAGGGCCAGCUCCCGUCGCGGCUUUUGUUCGUCAGUUCUGUUAAUGAGUGGAUGACGGCGCAGUCGGCUAUGGUCAAGGCCCAUCAGAGCCAGAUGGUGUGGUUCCGGUGGGGUUGGAUUACGAUUGGUCGGUACAUGGUCGUGAAUGAUCUGAAGGCGGAGAAGAUAUGA